AUGCCUAGUCUAGUGGUAUCUGGAAUAAUGGAAAGAAAUGGGGGCUUUGGAGAACUAGGAUGUUUCGGGGGAAGCGCUAAGGACCGAGGGCUGCUGGAAGACGAGCGCGCCCUUCAGCUGGCUCUCGAUCAACUCUGCCUCCUGGGUUUGGGGGAGCCCCCCGCCCCCACGGCGGGCGAGGACGGGGGAGGUGGGGGGGGCGGCGCCCCCGCGCAGCCAGCCGCCCCCCCGCAACCGGCCCCGCCGCCGCCGCCCGCGGCGCCCCCGGCCGCCCCGCCGGCGGCCCCCGCGGCGCAGACGCCCCAGCCCCCCACCGCCCCCAAAGGGGCCAGCGACGCCAAGCUCUGCGCUCUCUACAAAGAGGCCGAGCUGCGCCUGAAGGGCAGCAGCAACACCACCGAGUGUGUCCCCGUGCCCACCUCCGAGCACGUGGCCGAGAUCGUGGGCAGGCAAGGCUGCAAGAUUAAGGCUCUGCGGGCCAAGACCAACACGUACAUCAAGACCCCGGUGCGAGGCGAGGAGCCCGUGUUCAUGGUGACUGGGAGGCGGGAGGACGUGGCCACAGCCCGACGGGAAAUCAUCUCGGCAGCAGAGCACUUCUCCAUGAUCCGCGCCUCCCGCAACAAGUCAGGCGCUGCCUUCGGCGUGGCGCCUGCCCUGCCUGGCCAGGUGACCAUUCGCGUUCGGGUGCCCUACCGCGUGGUGGGGCUGGUGGUGGGCCCCAAGGGCGCGACCAUCAAGCGCAUCCAGCAGCAGACCAACACGUACAUCAUCACGCCAAGCCGCGACCGCGACCCGGUGUUUGAGAUCACGGGGGCCCCGGGGAACGUGGAGCGCGCGCGCGAGGAGAUCGAGACGCACAUUGCAGUGCGCACGGGCAAGAUCCUCGAGUACAACAACGAGAACGACUUCCUGGCGGGGAGCCCCGAAGCCGGCCUGGACAGCCGCUACUCCGAGGCCUGGCGCGUGCACCCGCCAGGCUGCAAGCCGCUCUCCACCUUCCGCCAGAACAGUCUGGGAUGCAUCGGCGAGUGCGCCGUGGACUCAGGCUUCGAGGCCCCGCGUCUGGGAGAGCAGGGCAGCGACUUCGGCUACAGCGGCUACCUGUUCCCCGGCUACGGUGUGGGCAAGCAAGACGUGUACUACAGCGUGGCGGAGACCAGCCCCCCGCUCUGGGCGGGCCAGGAGAACGCCACGCCCACCUCGGUGCUCUUCUCCUCUGCCUCCUCGUCUUCGUCGUCCUCCGCCAAGGCCCGCGCCGCGCCGCCGGGGGCGCACCGCUCUCCGGCCGCCUCUGCAGGGCCGGAACUGGCCGCCCUGCCCAGACGCCCGCCCGGAGAGCCGCUACAGGGCUUCUCCAAACUGGGGGGCGGCCUGCGGAGCCCUGGCGGCGGGCGGGACUGCAUGGUGUGCUUCGAGAGCGAGGUGACUGCGGCGCUGGUGCCCUGCGGACACAACCUGUUCUGCAUGGAGUGUGCAGUACGCAUCUGCGAGAGGACGGACCCGGAGUGUCCCGUCUGCCACAUCACAGCCACGCAAGCCAUCAGAAUAUUCUCCUAAGUCCCCUGCCCCUGGCCUCCGGGGUCCCUCCCCAGGGGCCUGCCCUGGAUCUGUUUUCCACGGGGUGGGGGUGGGGUUUGGAAAUCAGUGAUCGAAGGGGCAAGGUGCUUAGAGAUACUCGCUCCAUGGGGAGGUGGAGGGGAGGCGACGGUGGCUGGGGGGGGGGGUGGGCCGCCUGGAGAGCCUCUAGUUGCCCCAUCCUGGAAAGGAGGGAAGGGAGCCAGGCAGGAAGUUUUACUAGAGUUACAACUCUGAUACCUCAACACACCCUUCAAUCUGGAAGCAGCUACGAGAAACUUUUGUUUUGCCAGAGGUGGCCGUUAAGGCGUCCUGACCCCCUCUGUCUAACCCCAUCUCUGUCACACUACCCCUUCCUCUGCAGAGGGGGAAUCACCAUCCAUAUCUAGAGGUGCUCUGUCCAACCCUCCAGCCCUUGCUGGCCCUGGCCUUUGACCUCUUCACAUGACCCUUUAGACCCUCCACUGAGAAAUCCAGUUUGGGAAUCUGCUCCUGGAUUUCCAGUGGCAUAAGGGUGUUGGGGCCCUUCCAGAAGUCUGCACAGAUUCUCUGGGGUGGGGGGGCAUGUCAAUCCACAAGGGACUCAGUGUUCAUCUCCCCACAGAGCUGGGUGCAGGGAUCCGGAGAGUGAGCCCCUCUCUGCCCCGCCCACCCCUGCCCCCGCUCCUCACCAUCUUUCCUCCUGUUGGGCUCUCUCCUCUUCCUUCUUCUCUUUCCGUCAGCUGUCCUCUUUGCUUCCCCCUGAUGGCUGUGGCUCCCAGCCCUGCCCUCCUCAGUCUCUUUCCUCCCUCUCCCCCUCCCCCUGCCCCUUCUAGUGCAGCUUUGGGUUCACCACCCACCUGGGAAGACCUAGGGGAGAAGAGCAUUUGGAUGGACCCCUCCUUAAUUCCUCUUCUAGCAUCUGGAGGCCCUCCCCACUCCUCCAAAGAAACACCCUGAAUUUCUUGAUGGAAUGUAUCCCCAAUCUCAGUGAAAGCUUGAGGAGGGGACAAAUGCGGGGGGUACAUUAAGGGUCAAACAUCUGCCUCUCCCAUCCUUGGGCACUGUAUUUAGGGAACAGUUCUUGGGCUGGAACUUCUGGCGGUGGAAUCGGAGAGUCAGGCUAGUGUGUGCUGUGCAGGGAGGAGCCUGAGGCAGGUAGAGAGGCUGGUGGACCUAGGGUCUGCCCCUCCCAUGCAGCUCCCACACCCAGCCGCCCCCCUCUCCGGACCUGACCUGAACCCCUAUUAGCGAGCAAAUCAUGAAGUCUCUGUCCCCCCCAUUGUGGCUGAGGAGAGAGGCUGGGUCUUCAGAGGGCGCUGGGCCACAGAACAGGCGGGAUUGGGGUGCAGUAUGGUCCUGUACUGCUAACAGGCCUAGCACCACCCCUCCACUGCUUCCCUAAGGCUCACUGGGGCUGCCACCAGCCUCCCACCCUCCUGGUUCCGCGGGCGGGCCGGGAGCAGGUGGGGGAUGGGAGUCCCUGGGGGUCCCAGGAGAUUCUUGUAUAUAGUGGAGUGGACUUUUCUAGCUGAUCUGUGAGCACUCUUGCUUGGAAGUCCCAUUCUAUCUGAUGGAGAGGGGGUGCAGGGAUGGAGGUUCGGAGGGGGAUUUCCUCCUCUCCUUCCUCCUGUUGUGAAUUCACCCACCUCUCCUCGGCCUACCCCUCCACACCACCAGCCAGGGAGGGGAGAGGAAGGAGGUCACAGUCAGGAAAGUGGCCUGUGACAACUUCCCUCCUUCCCGCCAAUGUGAGCCAUCCUGAGAUGUCUGUACAAUAGAAACCAAACCAAAUGGGCGCCCUCCGGUCGCUGAGGGGGGUGGGGAGGGGGGUGGGAAGAAGGGAUGUCUGUCUGUCGAUCCCCCUCCCCCUCUCCACUUCUUACCCACAAAGGCAGAAGACUGUUACGCUAGGGGGCUCAGAAAAUUCAGUCCCACCCUUACGAAUCGAAUCGAGCCAAACCUAGAAACCAACGCAAAACACACAUAGUGAAAGACAAAACAGAGGAGAGAAAGAGCGUGAGAGGGAGCGAGAUAGGCGACCAACACAGAGGAGACAAAACAAAAAUAGCAAAAAAAAAAAAAAAAAGCAGUUCUUUAUAAUUUAAUAUUCUAUUUUAAUAAAGGCGUUUAUUACCGUA